AUGACGACGCCAAAUAGAGGAAUCGUGGUUAUCUCCGGAGGCAGUGCAGCGAACAACCUGGUUGACGUGUUCAGCGCGGUCCGCGAGAGUAAAAAUUGCCCACUGAGCUACAUCAUCCCCAUCAGUGACAAUGGAGGAUCAUCAUCUGAGCUGAUCAGAAUCUUUGGGGGGCCUGGGAUCGGCGAUGUUCGAAGCAGAUUGGUGCGCUUGAUCCCCGAUUCACCAGCAAACCCCGAAAGGUCGGCAGUCAAGGCACUAUUCAAUCAUCGACUCCCAGCCGAGGCUAGCCUCGCAGUCCAUGAAUGGCAGUCGAUCGUAGACGGCACAUCCACUCUGUGGACAGCCAUCACCCCCGCCAAAAAAGAGCUGAUACGCUCAUUCUUCAACGUACUGAAUCUGGAAAUCCUGAAGCGUGCGCGACCGCCAUCAUCAACUUUCGACUUUACGUCGGCGAGCGUGGGAAAUCUCUUCUUGACCGCUGCGCGUCUAUUCAGCGGCAGUUUCGAAAGCGCCAUAUAUCUACUGGGAAGUAUCUGCGGUGUUCCGUCAGAUCUUGUGCGCGUGAUCCCAGCUAUCAACUCCAACUUCUCUCACCACAUUUCCGCCUCUUUGGCUGAUGGCACCGUUAUCGUGGGCCAAAACAGCAUAUCCCACCCCAGCGAGGCAACGGCUCUUCAACAUACUCCUGGAUCCAGGCGUCCCAGUUUACUUCUUGCCGACGGAGAUGACAUUGAGUACACAGAUUCCGAAGUCUCAGACCCGUCGAUAUACGAGGAAGACCACCUCCCCGGCUCACUGGCUACUCUUCGCAAUAAGAACAUCAAAUUUAGCAAAACCGAGAACGAAGACUUGAGUUCUCGCAUCACACGCAUCUGGUACAUCAAUCCCUAUGGCCAAGAGAUUCGACCACCCGCAAACCCUCGAGUAUUGGAAGCGAUCAAUGACUCCCAGGCCAUCAUCUAUAGUAUAGGAUCUCUCUAUACUUCAAUCAUUCCCGCGAUAGUCCUGCGCGGCGUGGGAAAAGGAAUCGCCUCCAGUCCAGCUCGACACAAGAUCCUCAUUCUCAACGGUUCAUUAGACCGAGAGACGGGUCCCCCAUCGGCACCGUUCGCGGCCUCAGACUUCGUGGAAGCUAUCGUGAGCGCCGGUGAAGAGAGCCGUGGGCGAGGCUCGAUCAACACACCCAAACAAGAGUGUCAGGGCUCAGCACUGCCAGACACUGCCCAGAAGUCUAGAAGUCUUCCAUACACCGCAUAUAUAACCCACAUCUUGCACCUGGAGGGCCCUGGGACUCCACACGUAGAUCGUGAGCGGCUCACGCACAUGGGUAUCGAGACGCUUCGUCUGUAUGGACGGAAAAUCACAGCUAUGGAUGGCGACAAGGAGGUUGUUGUGGGCAUGCAGUACGAUCCUAAUGCCCUUGUACAGGCUAUUGAGGUUGUACUAGGAAAGAAAGGCGAUGCAAUGAUUCGGGGUGGAAUCGGGAGUGGGCUCAAUAGGCGGAAUACUCUCGAUCCUGCCCCUGCGAGGAGAGACCGUUGA